AGCAAAGGGCAGAAUGUCCAUCAGGGAAAAAAGGAAGAAAGCAGGAUAAAUAAGGUCCAAACUUGGAGACCUUAAGGAUCUGGCUUGGCACGGUUGCCAGAGAGGAAAAUGAGCGUGGGUUACGUAUUGUCGGUGUUUGUGAGGGAGCUGCCUGGUUAUGUUCUCUUUGCUGGGAUCUUUAUGCCUGUGACUUUACUCCUGCUGCUGCUAAUUGCCUACUUCAGGAUCAAACUAAGAGAAGUUGAGGAGGAAAUGGCCAUAGCACAAGACCCCAGGAAUGCCUUCCUGAAUCACCGUGGUCAGUGGAAGAAACCCAGGAGAUCUGGACAGAAAGAGAACAGAUACAAGAACUCAAGGACAUUUAAGGGAGCUUCACGUCUCAGGAAGCAAGCUUAAACCCAGUACUCAGCGCUGCAGGCUUAAUAAUAACCAUCUGUAAAUAAACACCACGCAGGAAAACAAAA